AUGUCACAAGCAUUGAAAAGAGCUGUGGAUAAAGUUUGGCCAAAUUUGGCGACUGUUUGGGUGGGAAACGAUACGGACACUGCUUUAGCGUGUAUUGACGACACCAAGUAUGCCAUCAAAUGCAUAGUGAUAUCCGGCACCGGAUCUUGUUGUUACGGCAACAAUGGAUCCAAAACAGCUAAGAUUGGCGGACACGGACACAUCAUUGGUGAUUAUCUUAAUUACUAG